CCCUCCCCCCCCCUCUCUCUCUCUCUCUUUUCCUGAAAGUACAGUAUCGAGCAGCCUCCUCUCCGUCGCUCAUAACAAGGUAUGCCUACUACUACGACGCUCGGAGGAAGCUUUCGGUUCCUUAAAUACAGCACAUAUCUCGUCCUUCCCCUCGCAAUAGGCCUUGCUCUCUUCUCUUUCAACCGAGAAUCGAACAGAAGCACACCACUCACGGCAUCCUUGUUAUCAACGUCAACCGCGCCCACAAUGUCCAAAGCAGUCAUCGUCAAGGAGAAAGGCCAGUUGGUCAUCGAAAGCGUGCCGGAGCUGACCGUCUCUGACAGCCAAGUCCUCAUCAAGAGCAAAGCUGUUUCAAUCAACCCCAUCGACUGGAAAAUGUCCAACUUCGGAUUCUUGAUCGAGUCCUGGCCAACCCGUCUCGGCUACGACGUCAGCGGAGAGAUCACAAAAGUAGGAUCCAAAGCCGCCGAACGAGGAUUCAAGGCCGGCGACAAGGUCUUUGCCUUGACCACCGGAAACGCGUUCGGCGAGUACAGCACCGCGGAGGCCAUCCGCACCUUCAAGCUCCCAUCCAACCUAUCCUUCGAAGACGGCGCCACCUUCCCAACUGCUCUGUCGACCGCCGUUUACACCCUUUUUGCCGACGACGGACUCAAGCUUGCCCGCCCCAACACCCACACCAGGUGGUUCGCCCCGGAAUACGUCGUCAUCUGGGGCGGAGCCACCUCCGUCGGCAUGUACGCCGUCCAACUCGCCUCAGCGGCCGGCUACAACGUGAUCGCCACCGCGAGCCCCAAGAACCAUGAGCUCGUCCGCAGCCUGGGUGCAUCCCACGUCGUGGACUAUAAGCGCGACGACGUGGUGGAGGAAAUCAAGAAACUCACCGCCGGGCGCGCGCGUGCUGGUCUGGACCUUGUCGGCCACGGCGACGCCAUCGGGAAGUUGUCUCAAGUUCUGAGGGCGAACGCAGACAUCCCCGCAAAGAUCGUCUCCAUCACCAGCCCGGACUUCAACUCGCCCGAGGGGAUCAGUUUCAAGUUCAUUAUGGGGCUUGCUCCCGCCGUUGGGGAGUUUGUGGCGAAGGUCCUUGAUGAGGAGGUGUUGGAGUACUUUGUGCAGGGGAGGUUGAAGGUCAACAAAGUUACCAAGCUGGAAGGACUGGAGGGAGUAUUGAAGGGGUUGGAUGAUUCGGCCAACGGACGAGUCAGUGCAGAGAAGCUCGUGGCGGUUUUGUAAAGGGUGGGAGAGCCUCUGGGCGUUACCUACGGUUGGGGGCAGUGUAGGGCAUAUUUUUGUGAGGAUUACCGUUACGCUCACCUGGGCAAAGAAACUGCCAUUCUGAUUAUUAGA